UUGACCACCAUGCCGCCCACCCCCCGCAGAGGCCCCAUUCCGCUGGACAGCGCGCUGCGCCACGUAGCGGCCACCGCCGAAGUGCUGGACGUGCUGGGCAAGAACGUCGGCACGCCAUUUCUCGAUGUGAUCUGCGUUACGGUGAAGGCGGUGGUGUCCUCCGGGCAGAACAUCAGGCGGAACAAAGGCGAGUGUGCAGAGCUUCUCGAGAGCACUAAUCAGCUGCUGCGUGCCGUUCUCGCGCUGCAUAUACGCCCGGCUGGCGCCCCGACUAAGAUCGACGGGCCGGGUGGGGUUGCGCAUGAGUACUUGGGGCCGGUGCUAUCGCCCGCGGCCCUGGAGCAGCUCGGCCGGCUGGUAGAGACGGUGCAUAAGGUGCACCACUUUCUCGAGGCACAGCAGGAGCGCGGGCGGUUCCGGCAGAUUUUCCGCACCAGCGAGACGCAGGGGCUGUUGAAGGAGUGCCGCGCGGGGCUGCAGGCGGGGGUGGAUUUCUUCUUGCUGGAACGCUCCGACCUGCUGACGGACGUGGCCGCGCUGGAUGGCGAGGCACAGGCGGAGCAUGAGGAGGUCAUGCGCCUUGUGCGGGACGUCCAGGCCGGCGACGAUGAAGAUGGCGCCGGCCCGGGGUGGGAUGCGGUCUCCGAGAUAAUGAAGGACAUGCAUAACACAAGCUCGCGUUCCCUGACGCUACUCCCGUCGCAGCCCAAGAUAUUCCAUGGGCGGUCUGCCGAGAUGGCCGCCAUCCUGUCGUUGUUCACCGCCUCCUCUCCGCGCAUUGCGAUCCUCGGUACGGGCGGCAUGGGCAAGACAAGUCUUGCCAAAGCCGUGCUGCAUGACCGGGACAUCAUUGACGCAUUCGGCGACCGCCGGCACUUCGUCCCCUGCGAUGCCGCGGCCACUAAGAUCGAGCUGGCGGCGGUGUUGGCAGAGUAUCUGGGGGUGCGCGGGGGCAUGCAGGCACGAGACCGGACGCGGUUCGUAGUGAAACAUCUCGAAAAGGCGCCGAAAACGUUGCUCGUGUUGGAUAACCUCGAGACCGCGUGGGAGCCGGCGGAGGGGCGGGCGGAGGUGGAGGGCUUGCUGGGACUGCUGGCAGGAAUCCCGCAUGUGGCGUUGUUGGUGACUAUGCGCGGAGCCGAGCGCCCGGCGCAAGUCCAAUGGACCCGCCCGUUCUUACCGCCGCUGAAACGGCUCUCGCCCGAGGCCGCAUACGAGACGUUCCGGGACAUUGCCGACUCAGUCGAGGAAGACGAAUACCUUCCCUCCAUAUUAGAGUUAUCGGACAACAUGCCACUGGCCCUGACGCUCCUUGCGCAUCUUGUCGCCGACGAGGGAGACUGCAAGACGAUUCUCGAUCGAUGGGAGCACGAGAACACGGGGCUGCUCUCUGACGGGAUUGACAAACGGUCCAAUCUCGACAUGUCGAUUGCAUUGUCGCUGGCCAGCCCGCGGAUGGCGGCGCAGCCGGGGGCCCGGGAGCUGCUCAGCAUCCUGAGCAUCCUGCCAGACGGGCUCGCGGAUGCUGACCUUGCGCAGAGCGAGUUGGUGCUGGCCUCUAACAUCUUGGCCGCGAAAUCGGCGCUGCUGCGGACGGCGCUGGCCUAUGUCGGCGACCAGGGCCGGCUGCAGGUGCUCGUCCCGAUCCGGGAGUACAUGCACCGGGUGGCGCCGCCGGGGGCCGGCCUCGUCGGCCCGCUCCGCCGGCACUACCAGGCGCUGCUGCAGAUCUACCACGCCCAUCGAGGCACGCUCGGGCAGACUGGCGUUGUUGCGCGCAUCACUGCCAAUUUCGGGAACGUGCACAGCGUGCUGAGCCAGGGGCUGACGGCCGCGGAUCCUGCGGUUGUCGGGGCCGCCAUCGAGUCGACGUGUGUGCUCGACAUGUUCGCUCUCUCGGCAGGCAAAGGAGAACUCGUGCUGAUGAAGCGGAUUCCCGGAAUAUUGGCACAGAUGGACCCACCGAACCAUUAUCUGUCGGUACUGUACUACACGCGGUUCAUCCAGAUGUGGCGGUAUCACCCGGUCCCCGAUGCCGAGGCGGUUUUCCAGCGCACGCUGGACGAUUGCGUGCAUUUCGACAACACCGCGGUCAAAUGCUGGCUAUACAUCGCGAUCGGCUCCUACUAUCAGUACCACGACCACAGCCCGGCCAAGGCGCUCAAGAUGUACGAGCUGUGCCGGAGUACGGCGGUCUCCGGCGGGAACACGAUGCGCGAGUGCGACGCGCUGGACUCUAUCGCGAAUGUGCACUGGAUGACAGGUCAACUGCUCGAAUGCCGGCAAGCCGCCGUGGCCGCGCAGGCACUUGCUGUGGCGACGACAGACCUGUACCGCGAAGCCCGCAGCCUUCACACUGAAUCCAUGGCGUGCCACUCGCUGGGGCUCUUCCCCGCCAGCGUCUCGCAGAACGAACGGGCACGUCAUCUGCUCGCGCUGUGCGGCCUUGCCGGCGGUGAGGUCGAAAUCGGCAUUCUCGGCUCCUUGGCGGAGGUUCGCAAGGAGCAGUCGGACUAUACCGCCGCGCGCGAGACCCAGCAAGCCAUCUGGGAGAGGGUGAGCGGGCGCGACGACCCGUUUAUCCAUGCGAUGGCGCAGUUGAACCUCGCGGAGCUGGACGUGCCGCUCGGCGCCGCGCGGGCCGCGGUGGACGCGAACGUAAGCGCCGCGCGGGAGGGGUUCGCAGCAAUCGGGUUUAGCAAGGGCGGGCCGAUCUGCGACAUGGUACAGGGCGACCUGGAGCUGCGGGAAGGGCACUAUGCGGAGGCACAACGGCUGCUGGAGGGGUGCUUCCGUGGCGCGAUCGGCGAGGACGGCGAGAUCACGAGCUACUGUCUGGAACGGCUCGCCAACUCGGCGCGCUGGGGCGCGGGCUGGGCGGACGCGUGGACGUAUGUGCUGCUCGCACAGGGGGUCAAGUCGCACCGCAAGCUCCCGCUGCUUAAGGCGCUGCAGUACAUUGGCGACAUCUUCCUGCGGCGGCGCGAUCCGGACACUGCAAGUGCGCUCUACACCGUCGCGUUGGAGGGAUAUGCGCAAAUGAACGUCUUUCGUGGACAGGGAGAGACUUUGGAGGCACUAGGAAAGAUUGCACGGGAAUCUGAUCGCGAUGAGGAAGCUCAGGCGCUGUGGAGCAAGGCAAUACCCUUCCUGGAGCGCUCCUCCCAGCAAAUGGCCGCAGAAGUACUCAGAGUGGAGAUGGCACAAUUAAGGAUGAGAGAUCUAGAUAUUCGUCAACCACAGGCAACUAUGGGAUACUAA